AUGGGCUUGUCUACCUUUCCAGGAAUGAAUUCUCAGAUUGGUUGUUCGAGACUGAUUUUUGGAGUUUUGAGCCAAGGCAAGGCAAUGAGACUUUUUCAUCGGAGCAAAGUUCGUUCGUUUGACAGGUCUGGUAGGAAAUUCCUAUGAAAAAAUGAGAAAAAAAACUUCCGCUUUGCAUUGAGCCGCGAGACCUCCACGAAAAACCAUUUUAUACGGCAGACCCAUGACAAAAGGCCCAUUAAUAAGACGAGGCCAUGGAAGAUAAGAAAAAUGGGAAGGCCGAAAGGCGUCACUCGAACUCGGAAAAAAAACGUCUGCCAAAUUAGUUUUCGCCGUUCCAGAUUUAUCGGUGCAAGAUACCGUCGCGACGUCUACAGUACUCUUUUUUGAUCUGACUCAUAUUGGUGAUUAACCUAAAAGUCCUAGGAAAAAAACGUGAAAAUUCGUUGAUGAGAAGUCGACAGCCUUUUCGGCGUCUAGAAUUGGUCUGGAUGAUGUGAUUGGAAGUGUUCUUCUUGAAAAGUUCAAGUUGGAAAAUGUCGUUAACUCGUUUGCGAACGGCCCUUUACUGCCACGCUAGAAUGACCCCAGGGCAUUUUUGAUCUAACUGGUUUUUCAGCAAUGAAUUCUUCAUGAUACUAUGAGUUAUGAUAUGACUAGUUUUCUGGUUAAUCCAUCAAAGUUCAUUCGCGGAAAAAGUUAUCAAAAAGAUGUGAUAAACGGAAUCGGGAUUUUCAUUUCUUGACGGGUGGUAGCAUUAUUUUGUACUCUUUAUUUUCGAGUGACGAACGAGAGUUAUUAUCUGAAUAUAUCAUGUUGAAAGCCCAUAGAAAUGUUCUCUCAAGUCAUCAAUUCAUAACGACUUAAAUCGUCAAAAGUCGCAUUAAAAGUCUCAAGCUUAAUGCUCCAAAUUUGAUACUCAAUCUUACAGUUCAAAAAAGUCGCACAAACAAAAAAAGCCUUCUGUUCUUUUGUUUUUGUUGAACUAACACCGUCUUUACCCAACUGGAAAGGAACUUGAUAAAUUACAAGAAUGUUCACGGUAUUCGGAACUCUUUCUUCAAAGUUCAAUCAGAUAAGGAAAUUCGAAGCGUUCUCGAGUAAGAAGUCUGUCGUUUCAAGAGCAGACUCUAGACAAAAACGAAAAAAAAAGCGAAAAGAAUUCCCCCGAUUAUCUGACUCAUCUCAUCUGUAAACUUGCCGCCAAAAAAGGGCAUUUUGGGCGAGUUGCGACCAGAAGAAAGAAAACAGGCGGAGCAAAUCGGAACGCAACGAAUUUCGAUUUGGAACGAAGGUCGAUUUAAUCUGGGCCUUCGAUCGGUUCAGAAGAGUUCAAAUCUCUUUCGAAAUGCUUCAGAGACUAAGAAAACACGAUUUCGAGAAAAAAUGAGUCGAAACAACAUCUGUGAAGACAAAAAGAACCUUGACAUGCGUAUAAUUGAUAAGAAUUCGUUGAAAUCAUGUUCAAAAAGGUGACGAACGUUCACAAAUCACGCGCCAAAUGGAAUUAGGCGGGAAAAACCUGGUCUAGUCUGGAAAUGGGGUCGCUUCUUUAUAAUUGGACGAACUUCUUCUAAUUGCCAGUAUCGAGACGGAGAAAGCUUGGAGUAAAGUUUUCUUUUGAUGUAGCGGCUUGGCAAGAGAAUGAAAAAUGUUUCGUGGAGAUGGAAAAUCGGAAAUGGGGAAAAAAUGGCUGAGCGAUGGGAAUGAUAAGUAGGUUGAUCAUUUGAACUGACAAUGGAUGACUUGAAAAAAAACUUUACAAAUCAAUGGUCAACCGUAACAGAACAAAUACGUUGAUACUUGCAAGUUUAUUUUUUUUUCGAAAGUCGACUGUUUCAGAUUAUUUGAUUUCGAACUUGCGAGUCCGGAAGAACAGUCGAAUCGUGAAUAAGAGGAAUGGUUCGACGCGCCGCGGCUGCGAAGCGGUUAUUUUGCGAGGACGUUUGACCACGAAGCGACUUCUGCCAGGGCAAUGUCAGUGUUAGUUUCGAAAAUAUUGAAAUUUUAAAAUUCAUGAAAAAAAAGUUAAAUGAUAUUGUCUCUUUUGUUUUUUUCAAAUUUUCGAGCUUAUAAAUUUUCUGAAAGUCAAAAAAGCAAGAGGUUCAGGCCAGGCGGGGAACUUUUCUAUGGUUUGAUUGUUGUGCUCGUACAUUUUUGGAAACUUUUUAGAUUUCCUUGAAAAAAAUGAUACGAAUUCUAAAUAUCUCUACAAAAUGGCCCAAUUAUCUCAAACAAAAAUUGUUUCAAUGCCUUGGAAGUUUGAACCGCAGCGCGACCGCGACGCAAGCUCAUCCAUUUUAUCUUCACGCAGAUUUUUGAUUAAGACCAACUCCUUUCGAAACAAAAUCUGCGAAUCUAACUAUCAAUAACCACAUCUUGACACUUUUCUUCAUGCGGCACAUAAAACUGCGAUUUUCAUUUUAUUUGAUUUUGCCGAGCAAUGGAUCCGUCCAGAACUUCUCUCGUCAACACGAGCUUUGAUUCGGCUGGCAGUGUGAUUAUUUCGUCAGGAACACUUUUCGAGCCCCUAACGAAUGGCUGUGGCACUUCAGUGAUAAAGAGCCGGUGGCAAAAAAAGAAACAAAACAGCUCUCGGGGCGGAAAAAUUCCGCAGAGCUCACGCCAACAAACCCGCCGCCGAUUGGUUGUAACGACGCGCCAGGCUUCUUCUUCUUCUUCUUCUUCUUCGUCUUUCCACGCUUUUCUUCUCGUAACCAAAUCCUUAACACCCCCCGAGGCGCUAUUUUUAUGUUGAUGAUGGCAAUUGUUAUUUUACUUUUUAUUUUUGAAAAGAGCCGAGACUUUUUGUUAGGGUGGUAGGAGAGACUUUGAUAAGUCAUAUAUUUGAAGAAGAUUUAUGAGUUUUAGAAUAGCAGCCGACGUAGGUAUUAUAACUUCCAAAAAGUGAAAAAAAAGAAUCAAUUUCAAACUGGAAGCCUAGACUUUCUAAGUUUUUUUUCUACACAAACUUUCAGCCAAACCUUGAAACAGUCUGACCUGUCUGUACUCUCCUCUCUCUCACAGCGUUCUAGUUUUCCCGCGCCAUUUAAAUUCAUGUAGGACUGUGUUAGUGAAAGAAGAGAGAUAGCGCAGAAUAGAUGGAGUUUUUCAAGUUGUGGUUAAUCGAGAUCGUCCAGUAGGAUCUGAAGAUGAUGAGUCUAACCUUUGAUGGCUUUUCAUUGGAGGACCAUUGACCGUUUGUUUUUCGACCGUAACUGGGCUGAGACUGGAUUGAAUUUCAAUAUUUAUUAUACAAUUCGAAAAAUUUCUCGUAAUAUGAACUAUAGUCUGUUCUUUUACUCAAAAAAAAUUGAUCUUAGAUUUUUUGAGAUAGAGGUGAUAAUUAAGCAACUAUAGGAAAUAGCUAGAAGCUAAAAUUUGCUUCAUCUUAGGGACCCAUAGUUUCUUUGAUUAUACAGCUAUCAAUAAGAAAAAAAGAAAAAGUCUGGCAAAGCAAGAGAAUCUUCUUUUCCAUCUCUCAAGAGCCACCGAUCCAUUCCACUAAUCAUUCAAUGAUCGCAGAGGAGCUGUUCGGAAGCGCUAUAAAACAUUUCAAGCUCUGCCCUGAAGCUAUGAGUCGUUGAAAAAGGUCCCUGUUAUAUAUGAAUAUAAAUUCUCUUCUUCAAGGAAAAACGGGCUGGGUAGUACUAAAGUUAUAUGAGGAAAGAGUCGCCAAAUUGAGAUAAUUCUCAAAUUCGAAAUAUUUUUCUCGUUUUUUUCUUCAAAGUUCAAAAAUUUUUUUCUCAUUCAUUUUAUUCAGCGGCCUUCGACUGCGGCCAAAAAGGGCUUCAAAAUGCCGCAAACCGUCCAUUUGCAGUACAACUCGCCCAUGGGCCUCUACUCCAAGUUGGUCUUCCUUUUCUCAAUUCUUAUCAUAGUAAAUUCCACUAGUAUCAAUAGAGAAAAUAAAGAGAUCCUUACCAAAAAUCAGUAAAAAUUAAGAAUUCAGACGCCACUGAUAAUUCUUUUCCAAGAGUAGAGCUCAAAAUCGGCUUUUCGUUAAUUCUGAAGGACUUUCGAAAGCAAAGCACAAUGAUAAAUCAUCACUGGAGACCAAAAGGCGGUCUUUUGUGUCAGAGAAGUCGAGAAGACGAAGGUGAUUGAUCUGCACCUCCGGAGGCUACGUUAAAUAAAAGAAAAAGAACGCUUUCUCAUUGAUCAAACCCCAAUCAAUCGCCAACACUCCAGGGAAGCUGCCGUCGAGCAGUUCCAGCAGCAAAUCGGAGAGAACCCGGGCGAUUUGCCGGCACCUGACAAGCAUUUCGACCCAUCCAAGAGUGCUACCUUGAAGUACCUCAGGGUUUCGAAACUAUGCAUUUUUGAGGAUUUUUUGAAAGUUUGUAGGAAGCUGAGAGAGACGACGGAUUCGGGGAUAAUUUCUUCGAGAAGGUCGCUCAAGCUGAAGCUCCCAACGUGCCCGAACAACAGGAGCCUUACUGGGCUAGAACUGCUCGCGAGAAGAGCGAACGGGCCAGAAGUCGGACUCCAGCUGAUCCAACUCAGGGAAGGUGAGCAUUCAUUUGAGAAGAAAGCUAGAAAUCAAAGAGUAAGUUUUCAGAAAAACUUCUCAUAAUCCCAAGGAAAAACUUCCUGACAAUUAUUCACAAUUUUAACAUAAUUGAUGACUUUCGUGCCAGGAAAAGAGAGACUAAUAAUCAAAAUGAAGAGAAAUAACAAAAAGGCGAAUAUUCGGUCUACGUUACAGUUUUUUCGAUAUUCUGAAUUCAUUACGAAGAUUUUCAAACCGUAUUUUCCCUGAAGAGCUACUUCACCGUUAGAUACUCAACUAAAGCUCCAAAAAACUGGCAAUUUUACCUCAAUUUCAAUCGGUUAUUCGUAGGUACCGCCCUUCCUCAUCUCCAGCCCCUCUCAACCAUCCCGUACAUUACGAGUCUGCAAGAGAGCACGCCGAGAAGAACAAGUUUAUUCCUUUGAGUGAUAGAAAACACUUGAGUGGUCUCUUAGGGUGUUCACGAACAGCGUCAACCAACCUUGGGCCCCAAGUUACUACGAAUCGGUUGCUCACAGGAACCAUGGCCGACGAGCUCAGAGCCUUGGAAGAGAGUAAGAUUUCCACUACCAAAAAACUCAUUUUACUUCGAACGCUGAAGUUUUCUCAAAACUUUCCGGCUUAAUCCGGAUAAACAGGUAUUUUCAAAAUUUCUUUUUUCUCGAAAACUAGAAAAUCGUACAGAGAAAUAAGUGAAAAACGCUCGUUCAAAGAAAGGUUGACUAGUAAAUUUAUUAUGGACUCAAAGUGAUGCCUAAACUAAAAUUUGAAAGUAAUUUGCUUUUUUUAGGCUGAAUUUCAGUAAUAAUCGUAAAACACCCUCCUUCUGAAUAAUUCUUUUUUUUAAUCAAACAAUUUAUCCAGUGUGCCACGUGGCUACGAACUCGGCGGAAUGGACUUCACAGGUGGACUACCUGUCGACCAGGGCAACGACUACUUCUACUACCAACAGCCGCGAAGAGCGACCGAGAAGCCGAAGCCGGCCCCGGGCUACGAACUCGGCGGCAGCGAUUUCUACCGCGGCUACGUUUCGACGGAUGGUCCUUACCGUGGACACGGACCCGAUCCACCAAGACUUCGGCCCAAGUAUACGGCUGACGCCCGUGAUCCUUGCAACGUGGCGAUCGCUCCGAACGUCGAUGAGGUCGACGCCAAUCUGCUUGUCGGCGACACCCUGUCCAACCAGAAGAUCAAGCAUGAGGUCCUUUUUAUGGUAUUGGUAGAAGCUGUUUCACAGGGUUUUUGAAAACUCUGAAAUACCCACUUUGAUCUAAAAUGAUUAAGAAAUAAUGAAAUUUGACUUAAAGUGAAAAAAUAUAAUUUUUAGAAUUAGAUUGACCAAAAAUAUUUACUUUCUAAUACCUUAUUGAAAAAAAGAUGGACGUUGGGAAUAAAAAGAGGAUAUGAAUAAACUUAACAAUAUUUGAGAUUUAGAAAAGUUUCUUCAUGAAAGUUAAUACUUUCUUUUCAAUUCUGUUCGAAAAAUUAGUAAACUUUUUUCUCAAAAUAUUUAAAAGGUCGUUUGGAGAAAUGACUGUAUUUUAAAAGUAUUGAAGUUUUGUGAUUAUUUUUUGAAUUGUUGGUUUUUUUUUAGUUCUCGAAAAGUGGAACGCGUACUAAUUUUCUUUCAUUUCUGGAGCUUGAAGAAGAUUUUGUACCUUUCUUUUCAGACUUGGUUGAGAUAAAAUGACCUUCGCUUUCUAAAAUAUCUUUAAGGCCAAAGUAAAUACUUUAGCGUCAAUGUUUCAUGAUUCAAUAAGUUAUCAACACAAAAAGCAAAUUAAAGGUUCGCCACAUCGACCAGAGCGAAUUCGGAACGUCUUUCGCUCCGCCCACCGGAUUCAAGCGUGACCAUCUCACCGUCCGACAAAGCCCACAGCCGCCGCAGCCGACGACUUUCUCGAUCUCAGCGAAUCGAAACCGCGCCGCGUCCGUUCCGCGCAGCUCCCAACCGCCCGAGCAGCAGAAUGUGUGGCGCCAGCGACAGGACUACGCCGACAAAGAGGUUUCCAUCCGAACGCUUCUCAACGACGAGGCCAUCCGAGCCCUCCCCAACAAAGAGACGCAGCCUCAUUGGGCUGAGCACUCUCUGCAGAAGCACCAAGCGUGGCAUCAACGCGUUGAUCCGCUCCUCGAGCGCUACCAGGUCCCUGCCUGCGUGUUCUUCUAGCUUUUUCUGUCACCUGUGUGAGCUUCCUAGCAAGGAAUUUUGGGAAACAAAUUCGGAACUUGGUUGAGAACUUGAUGGAAGUUUUUAAAAAGGGAAGAUUUUUUUCUUCAUACAAUUCUACGAAACUCUGACGUACUAGGAAAUUUAUAAUCUGCACAACUUGCAAUUCCUCAAAAGCUUUGAAAAUUGAGAUAUUUAGAGCUUCAACUAACACAAAAAAAUACUUUUUUUAAAAAUCAAUUUUGGAGAAAUUCAAAAACACGAAGUAAAGUUAACUUUUUUUGAAGAAUCCAUUUCAGUUUUUACAUUUCUCAAGUUCGGACCACGAAAAUGAAAAAAUCAGGCGGUGAGAGCCAGAUAUAACAGAAAAAUUGCAAUCUCCAUUCAUCUCCUUAAUUUCCAAAAAUUAAAAAAAUAGUUGCUUCAAAUUUAUCAGAAUAUUGAAACACCAAAUGAUAUCUCUAAAAAGAUAAAAAAAUGUAUGAAAAAAAUUAUAGAAAUUCAAAUCAUAAUUUUUUUCGAGACGUUUUCUUGUUUUUGGAACUUUUCAUGGAAUUUCUUAAAAGAAUAAAUUUUUUUAGGAAUGUUUUAUCUAAAUAAGGGUGAGCUAAAAACAAACUAAAUUCGUAAAUAAAAUUAAAGUUCAAAGUUUUGAAAAGCUGCGAAACAAAUCAUUGCUCCAUCAAAACAAUAGAAAGUUUUCCUUGACCAAACUAGAUACAAAUCUCGUCCUCUGACAGCGUUCAAUCUUUGACGUGCAAGAUCUGAACUCUGAUUGUCCUAAAGUACAUCUAAUCUGAGAAUUUCAUCAAGUUUCCAACCAAGGUCUGAAAAAUGUAAUGAAUAACAUUCUAACAGACAUAAAAAUGUUUUUUUUAGCUUUCUAGCCGCUAGACACUCGCUUCUAACGUAGAGCCACGCUUUGUGCUUCCCCACCAUUCACAACUUCUGAAAUAAUGCUGAAACUAGUCGAUAGUACAUGGCAAGGAAGUCUCUUUAGACGUAUAUCAGUGAGCCGAACUGGCGACGCAACGUCGAUCAGCGCCGUAGAGCGUGGGAGCAGAGAGCCUUCGAAACCGAGCACCAACUGACCCGGGCUAACUUUGACAAGGUUUUCCUUCAUCAUUUUUUUUUGGUUUAGAUCAAACAUAGUUUGAACUUCCAUUGAAAAAAGACUGAAAGGAAAAAUUGGUUAGAACUUUCGAAGUUUGCUUUGACGUCGGUUUUAUCAAGAUGGCUGAUAAUGUGAGUCCGAUUUUGCGUUUUAUAACUCAACUAAAAAAAUGUUGAUCAAAUUUAUUUUUUUAGAAGAUAAUAAAAUUUGUAUUCAAUUUUCAACUUGCUGAUCAGCAGCUCACUUGAUAUGGAAUUUUUUCCAUCAUGCAUUCAAGCUUUGGGAUUUCCAGAUCCUGGUUAAAAAUUUGAAGUACUUCGAGUUUUGUCACUUCUGAUCCAAACAGCCUAUUGCCCCGAAUUUAAUCUCUAUUUUUUUCGAUUCUAUUUUUAUUCCGAUUCAAUUUCUGAGCCAUUAUUGGGCUCCUACUUUAAAGUACCAUGCUCAAAAUUCAAACUGUAAAUUUUUUUGCGAAAAACAUAAAAAUGUUCAUUUCGUUUUCCAUUCUAUUAAAAAAAAAUCGAGCACAAAUUUUCAAUUUUUUUUUCUAACCUCACUUCGUUAUUUUUUUUUCUGAAAGAUCACAAUAAAAAAACCAUUUUUUAAUUCCAAAAAAUCGGGAACAAGAAUAUUAGCGAGCCUAUAACUCAUUUCCUUGUUGGUAACUGUUUUUCUUUCGAAGGAAAUAAGAUUUUUGGUUUUUGCAGUUUUUAGUGCAUAUUCCGUAUCAUCCUGGUUUCCGAAAACAUAAACAUAAAGAAAAGAAAGAACUGGAAAGAUUUUCAAUUUGUUCGCGUUAGUAAAAUUCUCGUCAAACCUGGGAAAUCUUCAUCAUAUCUUCAAAACAUUUCGACAUCAGUGGAAAAAGCUGGAGACAUUUUUUGAGAGAAGGAAAAAAACGCAGUAAUUCGCCAGACUUUUGCCGCAAGCCAAUCAGCACAAGGGGCCGAUGUAACAGAGCCCGCUUAUGAAGGGGCCUCGACAUUCAUUUCAAACUCUCGUUGCGAUUCUUUUUUUUGUGUUGUCUUGUGUUCGUACAACAGCGGCGAGGCGGCUGUGGCGGAGGAAGGAAAAGCCUCAAGUUUUUGCAGAACGCGCCUGCCGCGCCGCCGUUCUGGCAAGACCGAGCCGCGAGGACCCACGAACAGUGGCAGCGACAGGCCAACGACAUGAGCACCUCUUCCCAUUACCAGGUUCCUCUAAUUUCCUCCUCAUUUAUUGCUCAACUUCUUUUUGUUUUCACAGAAGCUUCAUAGAACUUUCAGAGUACUUAUUUGCAAGCAAUGAUGAUUCAGUUUACUUUCAAAUUGUCUUUGAACUUGGUUUUAGAUCUUAGCCAGUCACGAUUGUUUAGGAAGUAAAGCUAAGAAAGGUUGUUUCUUGAGACCUUUCCGAUGAAAUUGAUUCAGGAAAAUUCUAUUGUUCUUUGAAACUUUAAGGAGCUGGAAUCGGCCUAAACAGUUAGGAAAAACUUCUACAAUAUCCCUUUCUGCUACUGCGGAAAACUUACUCGAUAAAUAAGCUUUAUGACUUUUUUUUUGAAAGCGUGUGGCCAUGUAAAAAUGAACUAUCGCUGAAAAAUAAUUUUCGCUUUAAAAAAAACCUUUUUUUCACCGAGAAGCACGUUAAUAAUGCUCUACGUUUUUUUGGAAAGUUUUCUUAUAAUCUCCGAUUUUUUUCAUUAAUUUUCAAUUAAAGAAUUCAUCAUUUGAAAUUUUUGCGAACGUUUUUCAAAAAGAUGGAGAGAAAAUUAAAAAAAAAUCUGCAGAGGCGGAAGUUUUCUCGAAACUGCGAAUAACCACAUCACAUGAAAAAAAUUACAGUUGUUUUUUAAAGAUUCUAACGACGCUGAAAAAUUAUGUGUUGCACAUGUUAAGCCUAUUCGCUGAUUGUUUGAAAGUUUCAAAAGCACAUGGCGAAGUCGGGAAAAAAAGAACUGGGUUCAAACGCUUCAACUCGGAUGCGCGUUAUUUUUCAUGCAGACUCAUGAUGAAUCUUUUUCAAUCUAUCGUCCGUUCAUUGAACUUUGCAAAAAAAAAGUUCUUAGAAAAAGAAAAAAGAAAAACGAGUCAUGUGAUGAAAAAAACUUUGUAAAUCGAAGCUCCCAUGAAACCGUUAAAAAAAUUUUAUUUAGGCAAGCGAGAGAAGCGUCCCUAUCAACUAUCAGUACGAAUCUCGCCAUGAAACAUCCAACUCGGUUCAGGUUUGAAAUUUAAUUGUUCAUCAGAAGUGCAGAACAUUUUAAAUUAAAAAGAAGCCAGUACUUUUAUGAGUUGGCAUGUACACAUUACAGCCUUCAGAAGGUUGCUUUGAUCAAAAUAAAUUCGCGAAUUUCCAGCAGCCGCAGCAACACGAGCGGUCGCCCUACGUGACCGCUCAAGCGGACGCCAACGUCCAACGACUUCUCAACUCGGGGUACAACUCCAACCAGGUGGACUACGUCUUGGGACACAAGGACCGCUUCGUCGACGGCCAGCACUACAAUCCGCCCGUCGUCAACUCGGGAGCCAACAUCAACCAACAGUUCUCCUCGUCCCAGUUCAACCGCACCACCACCAACACUCAAAACAACAACAACUUCGGCCUUCAGGUUGACAUAGCAGAGAUAUUGUUUUAUUCAUACUCUCAAGUUAGGAAGCAAAUGUCUUAAAGGAAAAAAAUCAUUUUGAAUAUCAAAAGAGAGUACUGACUUUUAGAAUGGCCCCCCAUGCGCCCUAAAGAAAUCUUAUCUGUAUUUGAAUUUUCUUUUCAGCAUCCGACCUCUGGUAACCAGAACUACAGCUACCACACGGAGACCAGCCGCACCACUGGAGUGCCAAAUUCUGGAAACCACAACUACAGUUACCAGACGGAGACGAGCCGCGUCACUGGAGGACCCAUUUCAGGACAUAACAACUUCUCGUCGACCAACUUCGGGGACCAAGUCUGACUUUCCUAACUUCCCAUCCAACAUCUAUUUUCUCCAGAACCAUCAGCAAUCCUUCCACAGCUCUUCCUACUCUUCUCAAACCAAAAAUAUCCCCGUCCAGCCAGCUUCCAACUAUCAGGUCAGCUUUGAUUUGAACUAAGUUGUCGAAAAGACCGGCAAGACCUUUUUCUCUUCUCAUUCAUACAGAUGGAGAAAUUCCAUUCCACGAAGAAGAACUCGAAAGUAAUCACCACAACCAGCACGACAAACAAUGUCGCUCCGAGAAUCAUACCAAUUUUGAAGGUUUUAGGGAUGAUUUAUGAGUUCUAGCUAGUUUCCUUUUUGGUUCUAUUCACUAGAUCAAUUGCUAGUAGUCAAAAUAGAAAAUAGAGUGGCAUAGUCUAGCCUUUUUAGUUUCUCGGUUCAGCUUCGUAGAGUAUAAGUAUAUUGAGUUAGAAAUAGAAAACUAGAUAGAAAAGCAUGUUUGGUUGAUCUUUUCUUUUGAAAUAUAGUUCCAGAAAAAAAAAUCAAGAAAACGGAAGAGGAAAAACGUAGCUAAAGUGAAGAAAAGAAGAAUUUACCACUACAAAUAGCUCUUUUUUCAUUUUCGAAAAGAUAACUUGUUCAAAUUUUGAGAACCUCCUAUUCUGUGCUAAUAAAUUAAAGCUUUCUAGCAAAAGCUCAAGCGAGACGAUUUUUUUGAAGAAAUAACAGCAUAGGCGCAAAAAUUGCAAUUUUUUUAAUGUAGCGAAGACAAUGAUUACACAAAAGUUACUAUAUCUCAGUUCUAAAUUUGAAAGUUUUCGUCAUUUUUCCGUUUUUUUUUCCACAAAGCCUUGAAAUUGUACCUGUGGAGACGAGGCUUUUGCAGGAAAACUAUGUUCAACAAGCCGCGAUCCCCUUGCCGGUUCCGAAUGAGCUGCACGAGGUGCUCGGCAUGCCCUUUUCAUCAAAUUGCAUAACAUUCCCCACUAUUAAAAUUUGCUAAAAAAUGACGCUAUACUCAAAUUUAAUCAACCAAGCGUGUUAACCACCAAACUUGAGUUUAACAUCAAUAUAACCCAGAAAAUAACACAGAAGCUACAAAAAAUGUUUUGAAACUCCGAGUAAACAGUUCGAAACAACAUUGUCUAUGAAGAUUUAGCGAAGGUCUUUAAAAAUAUGAAGUUUUUUUGUUAUUAAAGAUUUAAUCAAAAAUAUUUAUGGUUUAUGAGAGAUUACCUAUUAACUAGUAAUUGAGAAACAAUCGUGAUCAGGUUUUAAUUUUGGUGUCUUAAAUAUCUUUUUCUCACUAAAAAAAAGCUCACAAAAAUAGGCAAUAUUUGAAAUCUACUCAAUCUCUAACCUAACUUCAAAACUCGAAUUUUUCCUCCCAAAAGUGGUGUUUUCAGUCCCAGUCGAACUACAACCGGACCUUCAACCAAUCAACGACGACCCAGCAGCAGCAGCUGGCUCCAAUUGCUCUCCCAGCUCCCCAGAAUCACUCGACGAGCUACCAUACCGAGACUCAUACCACAUCUGUGAGCAAUCCUCAAAAAAAAAACGUUUUUUUUUGGGUUGGAAUCAGGGGACUUAGAUGACCAUACCCGUAAAGUUCCAUCACAAUUUGUCAUUUUGCAAUCACCUUGUAAUCUCCUACUUUUCCUACUCAGCAAACCCCGAUGAUGCACUCGCCUGGCGGUCAGUCUUACAAGAGCACCGAGUUCUCCUCCAGCCGCCACACCAAGCAGGUAGAACUGGAAAAAUCCCUUUUCUUCUCAAGAGAGAAAGAUUUCAGGAAACGACGACCACCACCAAAACGCAGCCCGUGUUCCAGACGACCACCCUCCCGAUCACUCGCAACACCAGCUACAACUACAGCCAGGUGAGAAUGACCCCUUGAGGGGAAUAUUUGAAGCUGGAGCAGAAUCUACAAGAAUGUAUUUCGAAGUUUCCGAAAAGUUCGGGUUUUCGAUGAAUGCUUAAUAAAAAAGAAGAAGAAAGAAAUAGUUUUUUAUCAUCGCGUAGACCUUUUCCAGCACCAUGAAGAUGGUUGAAUUUGCCUUUUUUUUGUCUAAAAAUUAAAAGAUGAAUUUUUCGAACAUGGAAAGUUCUCGAACGAGUCUUUCAGAAAAAAGGCAAGGAUUUCCAAAAAUUACUUCAACGGAACAAAAAAAUCAUUUUGUUAUAUCAUUUCUAGCUUUGAAAAAGGUCCUAUCUACUAUUUUACAUCUCUGAUCAUUUAUAUUUAUUUAUAUUGCUUUUUCUGCUUUUCUGAAGCAGCAGAAGCAUUUAGAGCAAAUUUUCCGCCAAGUAAUUUAUGAUCUGUAAAAUAGACUGCAAAAAAUUGGUUCAGCAACAGCAUCAAGUGCAGCCCCCUCAGCCAUCUCUUCACCAGGAAAGCUACACUUCCCAUAACGAAAAAGUGCGUGAUUUUCUCAAAAAAAUCUAUUUCUCAUGUUAUCUCAGACUAGCAACAGCGCUCCUCGCCAACAGCCUGGAUCCUAUCAUUAUGAGAACUACCACAGCAGCCGGAAAGAAGAGGUAACUUUUGUGAAAAACAUGAAAAAGACGGAUUUAUAGAACCGUCGAGAGGAAACCAGCCGACCGGUGUCACAGUUGAGCCAGUACAGCGAAUCGCGCAACUACAAGCGAAACUAUGAGGAGAAGACUGAAACCACGUGAGCUUCGAAAUUUAUAUUUUGGACCAUCUUCCAACCCAUCUGAAACUCAGUUUUGAAAAAGCGAUGAGAAAGAGUUCAAUUUAGCAGGAAUCCUUUAAACUUUAAAAAUUUUUGGAUGAAUUUUGAAAAUAGUUGACAUGACUGUAGCUUAUUAUUUUCACAAUAGGAAGUCUACAUCUGAAUCUUCGAAAGCUACUAAGUGUUUCUGAGCAUGAGAAUUUAGAGAAAAAAUCGCCUGCUCUUUUAAUUUGAAUUUUCUCUAAUUUUUGAACAUUCAAACCUGAAUUCAUAGGAAAUAUGAUUGAAAAAUAAACAAAAAACAUACUUUUUCGUUUUUCAGGACUAUUCCGGCUGGAGUUCCCGUUGCUUCCGGCGGCAACACGACGACCACCUACAAAGACUUGUCCAACGCCCAGAACGUCGACGACGUCUUCAACAAACGCGAAGAAAUGGCCGAGAACUUGCCUCUGGGCAGUGUUUCCAACACUCACAACAACACAGAGGUGAAAAGAAACUUUAGGCUUUAAAAAAUUAUUUUUAUUUCAUUUCAAAAUCACCAGAUAAGUCUUUGAUAAAAAUUGAUAAAAGUGAAUCAAGAUAAUUUGGUUUUCAGGGCGGCUACCGUGACGCCAACGGCCACGACGUCUCCUACAAGCGAGAGACGCAGACGUCGGCGGACCCGAACAAGGAGACGUCGUUGCUCAAGGAGGAGGAGAAGCGCGUCAUCGAGACCCCGCUUGAGCCAGGCGUCAUCUCUAGGUCAACCACUUUCCCAAGAACUUCCCCCUAUUCUUAUUUCUCGCUUAUAAGCCUAAUCGUUUUCUCUCAGACACGUCACCACCAAGUACUACAAGAAGAAGACGGUCACCGACACGACCACCACCACAACUCCCGCAUAA